ACGUUCUUUGCUAGUUACAAAACGUGUUAGAAUUUUUAAUACAGUGCUUCAGUUUACGUUAUUAGUGUUAUUACUCCAAUGAUGCCUUUUUUUACAUGACAAUUCAUGUAAAAAAGGUGCCUCUAGUGGUAUUUUAUUUAUCAUCUUCCUCGUGUCGUCCCGGCAUUUUGCCACGGCUCAUGGGAGCCUGGGGUCCGCUUGGCAACUAAUUUGAUAGUUGAUACCGAGUGAACUUGUUAAUUUUUACCACGGAACAUUUGGUAAGUUACAUGGCGAAGCGCACAGUGCUGAACGAGGCCUACAAGGGCCUGGUGGAGACCAUGUCUAUCCCGGUAGAGCUGCAUGAGCGCGCUGGCCGCAAGUUUGCCAGCUUCGGUGGCGUUCUGCCAAUACACUGCGCUACGGAAGAACAGGUAUUGGAGUUGGCGAAGACUACCCACCAUUACUGCGAUGUGUUCACCGACGAGGUGUUGGCUCCGUUAGCCGAGUUAGCCUACGUUCGUCUAGACGAGAAUACUGCUGAAAAGGUGUUUAUAAACCGCAGCAAGCGCAUCCUCCUCACGUCCAGCGACGGGCAGCUCGCGCAGUGGCGCGCCGCCCCGAGCUUCCCGUCCGACAACCGCUUCCUCGCCGGCGCGCCCAUCGUCAACCACGACGGCGCGCUGGUGUCCGUGGUCACUGCCAAGAGGGGCAACCACUAUGCCGUGUCUUCCUUUGAUGGCGAAGGAGGCUACUUCGACACCACCCUCCCCUGGAAGAUCUUGGACUCCCCGGGCAUCAUCUACGGCGACCAGAGCUUCCCCUCCCGCGAGGCGCUCCGCAGCCACGUGGUCUUCCUCCCCCCCGCCCACAAGGCCCCCCCGUCCCCCGCCGCCCCCGUGCUGCACAGGAGCGCGACCCCCCGUAUAGCGUUAGUUGCCGGGAACGGCCGACAGAUGGCGCAUAUUUAUUUGCAAGGAGUGCACGCUGAUGGGGUUGAAUAUUUGUAGAUGAGGUAAAUGGAUCGCUUUUCUAUCGACGUUUCCAUAAACAUUUGCGUUUUGAUUGUACUUUGAUGUAGUUUUUUUAGUAGAUACUUAUCAUUAUAUAACUUAAUAUGUGUUUGAUAAUUAUAACUUAUGACAUUAAUUGUAAUAAUAUUGUUUUUUUUGUGGCCUACCUACCUACAAUAUUUACUAAUAAACU